AGCCCUCCCCUUAUGCUGUGGCAGGCUGAGCCUAGGAGAAAAAUUAUUUGGUGAGGAGAGAAGCAAAAGGGAUCUGCAGUCUUGGACGCUGUUGGCCUUAUGGUUAAAUCCAACCUUCAGACGAUAUUAAAUAGCCACUGUUUUGUCAGAGAAAAAGAGAAAACCACAUCCACAAUGCCAGUUAACGAACUGCCCGGUAAUAACCCCGAGAGUGAAAGUCAGAGGCGGUGUUCCCGCUGUUGCAGUAACCCCUGUCCGGGGCCUCUGUGGUGUUCCGAUGCCCCUCGCCCACCCCUGAAGAUCCCAGGUGGGCGAGGAAAUGACCAGCGGGAUCGCAGUCUUUCAGCUAAGCUAUUCUACUCUGAUGCUCGGUUGCUGGUUCUUGAGGAGCCUCCACCCAUCAACGGCAGAGUGCGUUUCCUGCUCUUUGAGCCCCGUCGCUCAGUGGGCAAGCACUGUGUCUGGAGGGGGGCGCUGAAAGGGAGGAACAUCUACAUCGAGAUCCCCCCUGGAGCUCUGCCUGAGGGCAGCAAAGACAGUUUCGCUCUCCUGCUGGAGUUUGCGGAAGAGAAGCUGCAAGUUGACCAUGUCUUCAUCUGCUUCCAUAAGAACCGAGACGACAGAGCAUCUCUGCUGCGUACCUUCAGCUUCCUGGGCUUUGAGAUUGUGAGACCAGGUCAUCCCCUCGUCCCUACCCGUCCUGACGCUUUCUUCAUGGCUUACAGCAUCGAACGAGACUCCUCUGACGACGAAUAACUGAUCACACACAAGUUUGCUUUUAUGUACCCUUCCCCAUCCCACUCUAUCACUUAGGGAAAAUGCAUAUUAUCAAAACUCAGUGAGGUUUAGGUUUCCUGUGAAAUUGUUUUUGUUUAUUACCUUUGAUGUGCUGUAUUACAAUGACAUUUGCACUAGUGUGUAAUGUUAAACCAGGAAUGGACACAUCUGGAAAAUGUUUCCUCACCACUGUAAUCAUUUCCAUGUGUAGUGCUCAUUUCCCCCUCCCCAUCCACCACAAUGAUAAUCUCUAGGAUGUAAUAUAUAUGGUAAUUUCCAUGCUGCAUACUCAUGUAACUAGUUUUUUCCCCCUGGCUACUUCAAGUUGAUUUUCAUGUUUAGUUUUAAAAAAAGUGUGCAUGAAUUAUUUUGUUUUAGUUUUGAUUCACUUGACUGAAAUCUGCAUGUAACAAGUGCGCGAAUAAAAGUGCUCACCUUAACAAGUCGA